AUGGUGAAACCCAAGUCAAGCAGCAGGCUGACUGCUCUCUUUGACAUCAGAUUGAAAAACUUAGAACAUGACAUCAUCGUCUUGAAAGGUGAUGAACAAAGCGCCGCUUCCACCUACAUCGAGGGUAAAAUUGUUCUUUCUGUCACCGAACCCAUCUCUGUCAAGAAAAUCUCGCUCAGGCUCUUUGCCACUCUCAGACUACGGUAUGGAGAAAAUGCCAAGCCUCUGCAGAACGUGAGGCCCACCCGUUUGGAUAAGAAGGUGUUUGAGCAUUACUGGGAUAGCACUGACUUCGCAAAGUACCUCUCUGAAAUGGACAACACAGCCGCUGCGACCUCUUCGAUGGGCUCGAAGCCUCACAACUCGCUUCACAUGAGCAAAUCGAGCUCACUCAAGGGCUCCACGACAUCAUUGAAGAACUUGGGCUUGUCAUUUCGCUCGAAGUCGUCCACGUCCUUGAACACUAUCUCCAACAACAACUCCUCAACAAACUUGAGCGGGAAAAACGCUCAGAUUUUGGUCUCUGGUAAUUACGAAAUCCCUUUCAGUGCCAUUUUGCCCGGCGACAUGCCGGAGUCUGUCGAAGGAUUGCCAGGCGCAAGUCUUACUUACAAAUUAGAAUCCACGAUUGAUCGCGGUAAGUUCCACAACAUCAUGAUCGUCAAAAAGCAUGUGCGUGUUGUAAGAACAAUGACCACAGACGCUGUUGAAUUGUCCGAAACGAUGGCUGUUGACAACACAUGGCCAAACAAGGUGGAGUAUUCAUUGAGUGUGCCUUCUAAAGCCAUUGCUAUCGGCUCCGGCACUCCCGUCAGUAUAAUGCUUGUUCCGCUUUUGAAGGGCUUGAGACUUGGUGACAUCAAAAUGACUUUGGUGGAGCUAUACGGAUACAUCGGCUAUCUCCCACCUCCACAUCUGGGAGAACGUGUUGUAUGUGAAAAAGAUAUUCCAAGACCAUCUGAGGAUGACCCUCGCUACCAAAUGGACAAAUGGGAGCUCACCCAUUUCUUGCGCGUCCCGUUGAGUUUGUCUAAAUGUACUCAAGAUCUCGAAGUGCUGCCUCAUUUGAAGGUUCGUCACAAACUCAAGUUUGUGAUCGGCCUCAUAAAUCCAGACGGGCACGUUUCUGAACUCCGCGCGUCUUUGCCUGUACAACUAUUCAUUUCCCCCUUCGUUACAAUCACAGGCUCAGUCGACAAUGAAGACGAUGACGUUGCAUCAUUAGAAGCAACGGGAGAGCCUCACGCAGAGGAAUUUUUAUUCCACUCGGAUUCGCACAAUGCUUCUAUGACUGACCUACAGGAGGCACAGGACAAUGGUGAGGGAUUACGCUCAAAUCCUGGAUCUGUAUCAUCGUUCAGCGGUUUGGCCGCUCCUCCAGUGUAUGAGCAACAUGUUUAUGAUAGAUUAUGGUCUGACAUAUCGCCAAUAGAAUCGCCUAUGACCUCAGGUGCAGCAACUCCUAGAUCGAUUUACAGUCGACCAACUGGCGAGGUCCUGCAAUUCUCAAUGUCAUCAAUCGACACUGCUAAGUUGACAGAAAACUUGAGACAAUUGAGUGUUCAAAGACAGCAACAAGAGUCCGGAGAGGUUGCAAGAUCGAACUCCCAGAGAGGCAUGUUUGAGAUUGAAGGGGAUAGCUCAAGAAAUGGCGAUUAUUUCUCGAGAUCUAGAGCUUCUCUUUCCCCAUCCAUAAGUUCUCUACACAUGAAUGCCUUGAUGUCUCCUCGAGUUGGAUCCCCCGUUCACCUCUCCCGAAGUGGAUCAGAUUUCAAUGUAGACUCUGUCAGUAACAAAAUUCCGACUUACAACGAAGCUUUGAGAGCAGGAGUCGAGGAUACACUUUCACCUGCCUAUCUACCACCAUUACCAGGUUCUCAUAUUGAUCUCACAGAGGUGAACAAGAGAUUUGAGGAAUCAGUGACUAAAUCUCCGGCAGAAAGUCCAUCAAACUCUAGAAGCAGACUGUUCCUCACUCGUGGUGCCAGUUCUUUCAGUUUGAAAGGAUCAUCCAACAACUCUUCUGCAAACUCUUCACCAAGCGCAUCACGAAACGUGUCGCUCAACAACUUGGAGGCAUUUGGACUGGAAGCAAGUCGGUCAGCAAGUGGAAGAGCUCCUAGAGGAUCUGGCUCAGCUACGUUUUCGAUUCCUCAACUGUAA